GCAGGGCAGGGCAGGGAGGGAGGUAGCGGCGGGCGGGAUGGGUCCUCGCCGCCGGCUUUGCUGAGACUCGCUCGCGUGGGCUGCUAGCGGCGGGCCCGCAGUGGCCGCGGGGCAUGAAGGGCGCUCUGGGGAGUCCCGUGGCCGCGGCCGCCGCAGGUGCCGCGAUGCAAGAGAGUUUCGGCUGCGUCGUGGCCAACCGCUUCCACCAGCUGCUGGACGACGAGUCGGACCCGUUCGACAUCCUGCGCGAGGCCGAGCACCGGCGCCAGCAGCAGCUGCAGCGCAAGAGGCGCGACGAGGCGGCGGCUGCCGGGGCCGGCAACCGCGGCGGCCGGAGUCCGGCCGGGGCCUCGGGCCACAGACCUGGCGCGGGCGGCGGCCGGAGGGAGUCCCAGAAGGAGCGCAAGAGCCUCCCGGCCCCUGGCGCGCAGCAGCCGGACAGCCCCGGGGGCGGCCAGCUGCCACCCGGCGGGAGGCGAGCUCCCAGAAGAGGGGAGCAACAGGGAUGGAAUGACAGCCGGGGGACGGAGGUGACACUUGACCGAGCAGAGCGCAGAUCCUACAGGGAGUAUCGACCCUAUGAGACUGAGAGACAGGCGGACUUUACACCUGAGAAGUUCACAGAUGAAAAACCCAUUGACAGGUUUGAUCGAGACAGACCCCUGAGAGGCCGUGGAGGCCCAAGAGGGGCCAUGCGAAGCCGAGGCAGAGGCGGCCCCGGGAACAGAGCUUUCGACGGUUUUGACCAGAGAGGGAAACGAGAUUUUGAGAGAGCAAUCAGAACCGAAGACAACAUGGGUGGAUGUGGAGUUCGAACCUGGGGAUCAGGUAAAGAUACCAGUGACGUGGAGCAGACUGCACCAAUGGAGGAGACCACAGCAGUGGAAGAGUCCCCCGGCCCCCUGGAGGAGGAAUCUCCAGCCAAAGUUCCUGAGUUGGAGUUAGAAGAGGAAACCCAAGUUCAAGAGAUGACCCUCGAUGAAUGGAAAAAUCUUCAAGAACAGACCAGACCAAAGCCUGAGUUUAAUAUCCGGAAACCUGAGUCCACUGUCCCUUCCAAAGCGGUGGUGAUACACAAGUCCAAGUAUAGAGAUGAUAUGGUAAAGGAUGACUAUGAAGAUGAUGCCCACGUUUUCCGGAAAGCAGCCAAUGACAUCACAUCUCAGCUGGAGAUUAAUUUUGGUAACCUCCCUCGUCCUGGGCGUGGAGCCAGAGGUGGUACACGGGGAGGCCGGGGAAGGAUCAGAAGGGCAGAGAACUAUGGACCCAGAGCAGAAGUGGUGACACAAGACGUUGCUCCCAACCCAGAUGACCCUGAGGACUUUCCUGCUCUGGCUUGAGAGGGCCCUAUUUCCCUAGCAACGUAAAACAGCAUUGGCAUACCUAUGAAGAGACUUUUCUUGCUGUGGGGAAGAGAGUCAGACUCUAAGAACAAUAGAUGUUGCUUUUUCCCGUGU